AUGCUUUUCAAUAGGUUUUCAGGUCUAUACACAUGCAGGGAUUUUUUGCGACCAUCCGUAGGGUCCAUUCGGUCGAUAUCUAUACUUGGAAGUCUACAGCCCAGUGAGGGCUCUACACAUAACUACAAAAGAUUGGGAAGAGGUCCGUCUAGUGGAAAGGGUAAGACAUCUGGUCGUGGUCAAAAGGGUCAAAAAGCUCGAGGGAAGGUGAAACCAUGGUUUGAAGGUGGUCAAACUCCUAUUGUCAAGUUGUUUCCCAAGAUUGGGUUUACCAAUGUUAACUCUCUUAGAUUGAGUACGUUAAACUUGGAGCGGAUAAUGUGGUUUCAUAGAAAUGGCAGGUUACAUUUAGGUCCAGAUGAGGUGUUAACGAUGAAAGUUAUGAAGGAUGUUGGGCUAGUUACUGGAUCCAUUAAAGAUGGUGUUAAGAUUCUUGGCGGUGGAAAACGUGAGUACAACCUACCCAUUAAAAUCGAGGCUUCUAUGGCAUCCAAAGACGCGAUUGAGGCGAUUGAGGCCGCAGGAGGAGAGUUCACUGCUCGUUAUUUCAACAAGUUGGGUUUGAGGGCCCACCUAUCUCCACAUUGGUUUCUGCAAAAAAGAGGGCGGUUACCUCUUCCUGCUAGACCGACUAAAAGGAAAACCGUUGAAUACUAUAGUAACAUUGAAAAACGUGGUUAUUUAGUCAAGGAAAACCAUCCUUACUUGACACAGAUAUUGGCAGCUAGGAAAGCCGGAUUAACAAAUGUAUCCAGAAAAAGUGUAAAGAAAUCUGGUCUGGAGAGACAAUUGGAAGCCUUGGAGGAGUCUGCUGGUAUUUCUUAUGAAUCUGCAGCAUUUAGUUCCACUAUAACUAGUCUGGAAAACUCAACCAAGUAA